AUGGUUUUGUCAAACAGAAGGCUGAAGCAAAAGCUAAGAGAAACACUAGCUCAAUCCUUAGUAGAAUCGGUAGCUAAAACCGUGUCGCAAACUGAUGGGUCAGAAAACCCAGACCCGAAUUCGGAGCCCCAGUCGCUGAAAGUGCUCCUGGACUCUGCAACCCAGAAACCCAGAUUGUCCAAGCGAGAGAAACGUAGAAAGCUCCUUGCUUUGCGAGGUUCAGAGCCGGUGAGUGGGAGUGGCACUGGUGGCAAUUUUGAGGAAAACAAGGGCGAGGAAGAUAAAGGGGAAGAGGAGGCUAAAAAGCCAAAGAAAAAGAAUAAGAAGAAGAAGAAGAAGAAUAAGAAGAGAAAGGAGGCAAAGAAUGAGGAAGAGAAAAAGGAUGGUGAGCUUGGGAGUGAGGAGAAAAGUGUCAAAGAGGCAAAUAAUAACAGUGAUAGCCAAACGAAUGGGGAUGUUCCUACAAAAGUUUAUGUUGGAGGCAUUCCUUAUUACUCGACCGAGGACGAUAUUCGAAGUUACUUUGAAAGCUGUGGCACAAUAACUGAAGUUGAUUGUCUGAGGUUUCCUGACAGUGGGAAAUUUAGAGGAAUUGCUAUUAUUAGCUUCAAGACAGAAGCUGCCGCUAAACGAGCCUUGGCUCUUGAUGGAGCUGAAAUGGGUGAACUAUUUCUGAAAAUCCAGCCUUACAAGGCAACUCGAGCCAAUAAAGUAUCUGAUUUUGCCCCACAAAUUGUGGAGGGGUACAAUAGAAUUUAUGUUGGAAAUUUGUCAUGGGAUAUUACUGAGGAUGAUCUGAAGAAACUUUUUUCAGAUUGCAAGGUAUCAUCUAUACAUUUUGGUAUGGAUAAGGAAACAGGGGAAUUCCGAGGUUAUGCUCACGUGAAUUUCUCUGAUAGUCUCUCGCUGACGCUGGCAUUGAAGUUAGAUCAAAAGGUUGUAUGUGGAAGACCUGUCAAGAUAAGCUGUGCAGUACCUCUGAAAAGAGCAGGGACCCCUUCAAAUUCUGCACCUACAAAUUCAAGUACCCAUUCAAUAUCAGUAGCCCCAACCACAGGAGCCAAUUCAAUACCAGUAGCUACAACUACAGAUACAGGAGCUGAUAAUACUGAGUUGAGUACUGUCAGUGGUAAGAUAAAGAGGAGGACAUGCUACCAGUGUGGUGAAAAGGGACAUCUCUCAUCCGCUUGUCCAAUGGCAGCAACUACGUUUUCAAGUACCCAUUCAAUUGCUGUAACUACAACUACAAGUGCCGAUUCGAUACCAGUAGCUUCAACUACAGAUACAGGGGCUGAUGAUAUUGGGUUGAGUGCCGUCAGUGGUAAGAUUAAGAGAAGGACGUGCUACCAGUGUGGUGAAAAGGGACAUCUCUCAUCCGCUUGUCCAAUCACAGCAACUGCGUUUUCAAGUACCCAUUCAAUAUCCAUAGCUACAACUUUAAGUACUGAUUCGAUACCAGUAGCUACAACUACAAGUACCAAUUCAAUACCAGUAGCUACAACUACAAGUACCAAUUCGAUACCAGUAGCUACAACUACAGGAGCUGAUAAUGGUGGGUUGAGUGCCAUCAGUGGUAAGAUUAAGAGAAGGACGUGCUACGAGUGUGGUGAAAAGGGUCAUAUUUCUUCAGCUUGUCCAAAGAAGCAAUCUGCUGAUAACAAUGCAAGCAUGCAGGCAGUGUCCUAA